GUGAAGGUCGCUGACGUCACGCUUCCGAAGUUUUUCCCUUCAGUGAGACGUUUAGGAAAAAAAAAUCAGCUGCUCGGUCAGCAUCCCCACUGUCGGCUCCGCCCGAGCGCACGUGCAACGUGUUGCAUCACUUCACAAGGUGUUUAAGCGCACGUGCGCGACUAUAUAACGCGCUUUCGCCCUCCUCUGCGUUUUUCUCUCAGCCGCCUGCUGCCUUCCUAUCUUCCUUCCUUGGCGAGGACUGGGCCUCUUGUUUGUAGUGACAUUCGCCGGACACUCAUCCGCUGCUAAAAGGUGCUUGAGCUGCCGUUGAGCCGAGAAGAAAACUUUUCCUCAAAACAAGGAGUUGGUUUCUAAAAGUUUUCAAACAAAGCAUCACAAGAGCCCCGAGUUGUAGAGACAAUGUGCCGCCAACCGUCCAAAGUCGUCAGCGCCGUGGUGUUGUUCGUGUUUGUGAUGAUGAUGGUCGCGUGCUCUGCUGUGCCGCUCGAGGACCUCGAUGACACCGACGACGAAAUCAAGAGGUCCUUAUUUCUCGCUCGGUUGCUGGAUGCCUCAGAAAAGUUUAGGCUGCGGUCAGAGCUUCUGGGCAAGAAGAGAGAACUUGACCAAGACCUUCCCUUGACCUCACAGAAGCAAUACCGCUCGGCCGUGCAAAACAGCAGGCGAAGACCUGGUGGAAUGACACUCUGUUUGUGGAAGGUGUGCCCGGCGGCUCCCUGGCUCGUGGAUAAAAGGGAAAGCUCCAUGUGACGUGCGCACGGAUAGGGCAAGAGGCGUCACGUGACACACACCAAAGUGACGAUUAAAAACUUGGAUACGAAAUAUCGUUUCGGGAAAGGGGAAUGUAACCCAAAACUGAGAUGUGCUGGAAGAAAUAAAAAUGUGGAGUUCAUCUAGUUCAUGCCUUUGUUUGAUGU